CUGUGGGAUGCACAAAAACCGCCAUUUUCAAGAAAAGAAAUACUCCAAAAAUGAUUAUUACCAAGCAGUUACCAAACCAAGAAGUUGAAUUAGAAAAGAAAUAAUUAAAAGUGUUAAAAAUAAUUUGUUGAAUAUUGAAAGUAAAACAAAAUAGAAUUGAUGAUGAGAUUGAGGAAGGAGAUGAAGAAGGGAAGGGUAAGGAAGAGGGUGUGGGGGUGGUGAUGAUGGUUCGAACCAAUCCAAACCAUCAUUGCGAAUCUUGGGACGGACUAGCCCACCAUCAUUUUAGAACCCACCUAGCCGGAAAACCCAUAAUUGUCCCUCUAAACAAUCGACCAUGAUGUGGAUUUCAUGACGAAAAUACCCUUCCAGUCUAUGCAAAAACAAAGAAGUUGGUGUUUCCUCCCUCUUCUUCUUCCCCUCUCCAUCCAUCAUCAUUCACAUGACGCCAUACCCCUUAAUCAACCAUCAUCAUACUAAAACCAAAACAUUAAAUCCUCGCCCCUAACCGGCCGCCUUCUAUGCUUACACAUGCAUGAUUGUUGUGUCAGACGAGAGAGUCAUGUCCCCUUCCACACCAAAGCUUCUCUCUUUAUCUUUUUUUUUUUUUUUCUUCUUUCUGUUCUAUCUCUCUCCCUGUACCUUUUAGCUCUAUAUAUUAACACCUCCUUUCUACCACUUUGUCCCUCACUUCACUUCUAUUCCUUUUUUUUUUUACUGCUGCUACUAGUUGUUAAAAACCAGAUUUUAGCUUCCUCGGCCGAAGCUCUCUACCCAACCUCCUUGAAAAGGCAGUUUGAAAAAGCUUGUUUCAUAGUCAUGGAAAGGCUGAACUCAAACCUGUACCUGCAGAACUGUUACAUAAUGAAAGAGAAUGAGAGGCUGAGGAAGAAAGCACAGCUUCUCAACCAGGAGAAUCAAGCCCUGCUAUCCGAGCUGAAACAGAAACUCUCCAAGGCCAACUCAAAGGGAAAUUCAGCAAACACUAUUCCUGACCUCAACCUCAGUUCCAGUUCUAACCCAAAUCCUUCCAAUUCUAGCAAACCCUGAUCCAACAGGAUAGACAUCAUGACCCCACAUAGACUCCCCCUUGCCCUUUUUUUGUGUAAAACCAUAGCCAAACACUAGUAGUAGCUUCCUUUCAAUUAAAUAGGAUAGUACUAGUAUCUGUCUAUCAGGCUUAUUUUCUAUUUUCAUCAUUCUCUUAUCUUCUUCUGUGGGGGUGUUAAGAUAUGGAUGUGUGAACAAAGGAUGUAUCAGGCUACCUGUUAGAAAGGAAUAUAAUAUUAUCAUAGUUCUAGUUUUACUCUCUCUCUCUAAAUUAGAUAAUGACUUCAUUAAAACAGGCGGAUUACUGAAUUGUUCAAACGGACUUCCAUGUUUCAGAAUCACCAAAAAAACGUUGCAAAACUAGAAAUAUCUCUCAGCACCGCUGGUUUCAUUAAAUUGUCACUGAACUCUAUGCUGAAGACUAGAUUUUUCCUUAAUACUAUUUCAUGCAUAUGUUUGAAAAUGCAGACGGUCCCAAAAGAGUAUUGAGUGACUUAAAAAAUACCAGACAUAAUUCGGUAAAAAUAUCCUUCAUCCUGAACAUGAGUACUUAAUCC